AUGCUUCAGUCGGUGAUCAUUAGCGUGAUGCCCGAGCGCAUUGAGGGCUUCGGUUCGGCGCUGUUCAAGCUGCUCGGAAAACUGAGCAAGGAGCAUUGCAGUGCAACGCCACCGCUGUCGGCUAGCUUUGAGCAAAGUGUCAAGCUGCUCAUCUCCGCGCUGGACAUCUGCCUCGUCGGCGCCAUCCACCUGCCGCCCGAUAACCGCCGCUUCUUGACGAGUGCACUCACAAUGCUUGUCGAGAAGUCCCAGAGUCCGACGAUGUGCAAGUACCUGCUUGCUCUAGGCCGCACAUGGGCGUUUCAGAAGAACGAGCCGUACCCGCCCACGAAAGACAAGGCGACAUUCUUGCAGCGCAUGGCGACGCUCGAAACUCGCGGAGAGAUGUUCUUCAACUCGUACCUCGAGCUGAUCUACGACAUAUACAUCGAGCCGUCUCUCCGCCGCAGCGAUCUAACAGUGAAGCUGGAACAGUCGUUCCUCCUGGGUUGCCGCGCACGCGACAUUGUGCUCCGCGAGAAGUUCGUCGACCUGCUCGACGCCAGUGUACCGCGCACGCUCGCCAGCCGACUUGUGUACAUCAUCGGCAUGCAGAGCUGGGAGCCGCUGGCGGAUCACUAUUGGAUUCCCGCCGCGUUGCACCUGCUCCUGGGAGCUGUAGACCUAGACGCCGAUCAGUUAGCCUCGCGCAAGCCAUCUUCUUCCAUGCCUGCAGGUGCUGUACUCCCGGCACGCCGCGUCGGCGACAUCGUGCUACCUCUUAAGCACAUGCUCAUCAUCGACCCGAACGUCGUGCAUGAUGUUUGGAUGUCGGCCUUUCCGGCGGCGUGGAAGUCGCUCUCACGGCGCGAUCAGGUUGACGUCACACACCAUCUUAUCUCCGUUCUCAGUCGGGAGUACCAUGCACGCCAGGCGGAGAAGCGCCCAAAUGUAAUCCAAACUCUGCUGACGUCUAUCAACCUCUGUAUACCCGCUCUCGUCCUGCCGCCUCACGUCAUCAAGUUCCUGGCGAAGACGUUCGGCGCAUGGCAUGCGGGAAUGGAGCUUCUCCAAACAAUGGACCUUGUUCUCGAGGAGGACCCGUCCAUCCGGGACACCAUUCCGGACUCGCUGGCAGAGUUGUACGCGGAGUUGGCCGAGGAGGACCAGUUCUACGGUCUGUGGCGUCGCUGCUCGCUCCACAACGACACCAACAUCGCUGUCUCGUUCGAGCAGAAUGGCAUGUGGACGCAGGUUGCCGCCAUGUACGAGGCCGCACAGCAGAAGACGCGCUCGGGAACGCUACCUUACGCGGAGAGCGAGUACAUUUUCUGGGAGGAUCAUUGGAUCCUGGCGCAAGAAAAGCUUCAGCAAUGGGUUAUUCUCCACGACUACGCGCACAAUGAUAAUAACCCGGAGCUGUUACUUGAAAGCGCCUGGCGAACGAAGAACUGGUCACAGGACUGGGAGACGAUCCAGGAGCAGGUUGAGACGCUACCGUCUUAUGGGACUCUUUGUCGACGUGUGUUCGAGUCGUUCCUUGCGCUGAUCAGGCCUACGCCACUUCAAGAGAAGAAUAUUGAGUUCAUGCGGGUGCUCGAAGACGGCAUGCAGCUCGCUUUGCGCAAAUGGGUUGCAUUGCCGUCGCACAUGUCGUCCGCGCACAUCCCUCUUCAUCAUCAUUUCCAGCAGUUCGUCGAGCUGCAGGAGGCUGUUCAAAUCUUCGGUUCGCUCGCCUCCACCAAUGAAACGAACCUGGAAAAGAAGUCAUCGGAGCUGAAGCUCGUCCUCCAAGCGUGGCGCGAAUGA